AUGGGGUCUCCUCCACCUAAGGCAGAGGGGCCCAGGGUCCAACUCCAGAAACUUCUGGCCUCCUGGCUGCUCAGAGAGCAGGACUGGGAUCAGCAUCUGGACGAGGCCCACAUGCUGCAACAGAAGAGGAUCCGAGAGUCUCCACUGCUUCAGGCAGCCAAGGAAAAUGACCUGUGUGCCCUCAAGAAACUUCUGCUGGACCGAAGCUGUGAUUUCCGACAGAGAGGAGCCUUGGGGGAGACCGCGCUGCAUAUAGCGGCCCUCUAUGACAAUCUCGAGGCCGCCGUGGUGCUGAUAGAGGCUGCCCCGGAGCUGGUCAAGGAGCCCACCUUGUGUGAGCCAUUUGUAGGUCAGACCGCCCUGCACAUAGCCAUCGUGAACCAGAACGUGAACUUGGUGAGAGCCCUGCUUGCCCGACGUGGGGCCAGCGUUCACAGAGCCACAGGUCGGCAGCCUCACACAGCCCCCCGCAACCUCAUCUACUUGGGGAGCACCCCUGUUCUUGCUGCCCGCGUGGGUGAGGAGAUGGUGAGGCUGCUCAUUGAGCAUGGAUGGACAUCCCGCCAGGACUCCCUGGGAAACAGGUUGCACAUCCUCGCCUCCCUGCAGCCCAACACAUCUUGCUGCCAGAUGUACACGUUGCUGUCCCAUGAUGGGCUUAGGGACCACCUGCAGUCUGACCUCGUGCUCAAUCACCAGGGUCUCACCCCUUCAAGCUGGCUAUGAGGCAACACCGCGGACGUUUCUCAGCACCUGAUGCAGAAGCGGAAGUCUCAGUGGACCUACGGGCCGCUGACCUCCACUCUCUACGACCUCACCGAGAUCGACUCCUGGGGGGAAGACAUGUCCUUUCUAGAGCUGGUGAUUUCCUCCAAGAAGCGAGAGGCUCGCCAGAUCCUGGACCAGACCCCAGUGAAAGAGCUGGUGAGCCUCAAGUGGAAGAGAUACGGACAGCGGUACUUUCACAUUCUGGGUGCCUUGUACAUGCUCUAUAUGAUCUGUUUCACCGCCUGCUGCAUCUACCGCCCCCUCAAGUUCCGCUUGGGCAACCGCACAGAUCCCCGGGACAACACAGUCCUCCAGCAGAAACUGCUGCAGGAGGCCUAUGUGACUCAGCAGGAUAAGAUCCGUCUGGUGGGGGAACUGGUGACCAUCACGGGGGCUGUGAUCAUCCUGCUCCUGGAGAUCCCGGACAUCUUCAGGGUUGGUGCUUCUCGCUAUUUUGGACAGACUAUCCUCGGGGGACCGUUCCAUGUCAUCAUCAUCACCUAUGCCUGCAUGGUGCUGGUGACCAUGGUGAUGCGGCUCUCCAACAUGAACGGGGAGAUGGUGCCCAUGUCCAUUGCCCUGGUGCUGGGUUGGUGCAGUGUUAUGUACUUCGCUCGAGGAUUCCAGAUGCUUGGUCCCUUCACCAUCAUGAUACAGAAGAUGAUUUUUGGAGACUUAAUGCGCUUCUGCUGGCUGAUGGCUGUGGUUAUUCUGGGAUUUGCCUCAGCGUUCUAUGUCAUUUUCCAGACAGAGGACCCAUCCAACCUGGGGCAAUUCUAUGACUAUCCCAUGGCACUGUUCAGCACCUUUGAGCUUUUCCUCACCGUCAUUGAUGGGCCUGCCAACUACGAAGUGAACUUGCCCUUCAUGUUUGGCAUUGUCUACUUUGCCUUCACCAUCAUUGCCACGCUGCUCAUGCUCAACCUGUUCAUCGCCAUGAUGGGUGAUACACACUGGCGGGUGGCCCAUGAGCGGGAUGAGCUCUGGAGGGCCCAGGUGGUGGCCACCACAGUGAUGCUGGAGCGGAAGCUGCCUCGCUUCCUGUGGCCUCGCUCUGGGAUCUGCGGGUGCCAGUAUGGGCUGGGGGACCGCUGGUUCCUGCGAGUUGAGAACCACCAUGAUCAAAAUCCUUUGCGAGUGCUUCGCUACGUGGAAGCUUUCAAGGGCUCAGACAAAGAGGAUGGACAAGAGCAGCUUUCUGAGAAACAGCCCUCUGUUUCUGUGAUCGAAAGUGGGACCCCAGCCAGAGCCUCUCUGGCCCCUCCAACGCCUUCCCUAUCCCGGACCACAUCUCACAGCAGCAGCAGCCACCGGGGCUGGGAGAUCCUGCGUCGCAACACAUUAGGACACGUGAAUCUUGGGCUGGACCUUGGCGAGGGAGAUGGAGAGGAAAAUAUCUAUCAUUUAUGA